AUGUACGAGUUACCGAGCCUGGUAAAGACGGCGUACUACGCUUGCAACCAGAUCGAGCGCGCCAACUAUGACUUGUUGAGAACACAGCACGUCGAUUUGCGAAGUUGUUGUGAGUCGCUGUUCGAACUGUUGAAAGCCAACAGAGACACAGACGAGGUCGACGGCAGGGAGACAAUGUACAGCCGAACGUCAUGGCACAUUGGGUUUGAAAAGGUUUGCGAGGCGGCAGCGUUCUACGGACAUGUCGAUUGCCUGAGGCUCGCUCGUGCGAUCGGCGUCCCUUGGCAUAACGGUUUCAGUCGUAACAAUCAUCAUAUCAUGGAUUUCAGGAGCUUAGGUUCGGCGUGCGAAAUGGCUGCGAUAUCGGGCAAUCUGGACUGUCUACGGUACGCACGGGAAAACGGCUGCCCGUGGGACGAAGAGACGUGUGCCAAAGCCGCGAGGAACGGGCACAUGGACUGUCUACGGUAUGCGCGGGACAACGGCUGCCCGUGGGACGAAAUGACGUGUGCCGCUGCCGCGGAGAACGGGCACAUGGACUGUCUGCGGUAUGCACGGGAAAACGGCUGCCCGUGGGACGAAUUUACGUGUGCCCAUGCCGCGAUAAACGGCCACAUUGACUGUUUACGGUAUGCACGUGACAACGGGUGUCCCUGGAGCGUAAAUACGUGUAGCUGCGCCGCUAUUAACGGUCACAUGAAUUGUCUCGUCUAUGCACGGGACAACGGCUGCCCGUGGGACGAAGAUACGUGUGCCGAAGCCGCGAAGAACGGCCACAUCGACUGUUUACGGUAUGCACGUGACAACGGCUGUGAAUGGGACAAGGAGACGUGCCACAGUGCCGCGUUGAACGGCCACCUGGAUUGUUUACGGUAUGCACGUGACAACGGCUGUGAAUGGGACAAGGAGACGUGCCAGAGGGCCGCGUUGAAUGGCCACCUGGACUGUUUAAGGUUUGCACGGGAAAACGGCUGCCCGUGGGACAAACAGACGUGUGCCGAUGCCGCGUUUAAUGGUCACAUAGACUGUCUCGUGUACGCACGGGAAAACGGCUGCCCGUGGGACAAGCAGACGUGCCAGAGUGCCGCGUUGAACGGCCACGUGGACUGUUUACGAUAUGCACAUGAAAACGGGUGUCCAUGGGACGAAUUCACGUGCAACUCCGCCGCCAGUAACGGUCACAUGAAUUGUCUCGUCUAUGCACGGGACAACGGCUGUGAAUGGAACACUUGGACCUGCCUCGAAGCCGCGGAAAACGGUCACUUGAACUGUCUCGUCUAUGCACGAGAGAAUGGGUGUCCAUGGGACAAGUGGACGUGUGUCUUCGCCUCGCGGAACGGUCAUUUUGACUGUCUCACUUACGCACGGAACAAUGGGUGCCCGUCGUAA